AAGAAACAUCCGGGUCUCCCACGUUCCUGUUUGGCGACCCGUCGCCAUUCGUGUAAGCUCGUCGUAACGGAUUCAUUUUUUGGUCAAAAUCUCUAAAUUGUCACGUUUUCCAGCUUUUGGAAAACAUUUGACGCCUUGUUAAGGGCUUGUUUAUCUUCCUUAACGAGUAAAAAGACUUAAAUUCAGGGGUCUUGGCCCCGAGUGGCGAGGUUUUCGUCCUCUCUUCCGAACAGCCCACAUUAACUUGAGACGCCGGAAUCGUGUCUCUUUAUUUUUCUUGUUGUUGUUUUACUGUGAAGAUGUCGCCGUGAUGGGUGCUCCGCGUUUGACAGAAAUGAACCAGGGCCUUCGUCGCCUGACCCGCACUCACUGCAGCCUGCUGUCCUCAGUCGUUUCUCUGUUUGAUGCUCGGGAGCUCGGUGGCUCUCUACUACCCGGAGCUCCUCGGCCCAUCAUCUCCUCACUGCUCGGAGACAAACAUGGAGAAAAACCCCAACAACAACAGCACCAACACCAAGGUUCCGCCUCGUUCCAGCUCCGCAGGCCCACCGCCGGGCGACUCUAAACCCAAAACAGAAAGUAAAAAUAAUGGAGGCUCCAAGCGCUACAGCCGCAAGCGUGAGCCCGCCUUUCCUAAAACCGACAGUUUCCAAGGCCCUCGCCACACCAAUUCACAGAAAAGCAAGAAUUUUGACAAGAGACCCCUUCAGAGAGGUGGAGGACGACAGUAUGGAGUUACAGGCGGAGGACGACGUGAGGAGGUAGCAGAGACACGCCGGGCCGAGUUUAGCCCGGCUCAGUUUGCUGGACCGAAAAAAGUCAGCCUCAACCACCUGCUGAACUUCACCUUUGAACCCCGUGGAGGUAAUGGUGUCUUCGGAGAUGGAGGCCCCUCCGGUUGGGGCCGCCGAAACAAAUGGGGCCACAAGCACAAGCCCUUCAACAAGGAGCUUUAUCUGCAGGCCAAUUGCCAGUUUGUGGUGACUGAUGACCAGGACUACAAGGCUCACUUCACUGAUCCAGACACUCUGGUCAACUGGGACUGUGUGCAGCAAGUGCGCAUCUACAGUCACGAGGUGCCGUCUUGCCCCAUCUGCCUCUACCCUCCUUUGUCAGCCCGCAUCACCAAGUGUGGACACAUCUUUUGCUGGCCGUGCAUGCUGCACUACCUGUCUCUUGGUGACAAGAGCUGGUCCAAGUGCCCCAUCUGCUAUGAGGCAGUUCACAUUGCUGACCUGAAGAGUGUGGUUGCUAUGGAGACCAGGCAGUAUGUGGCUGGUGAUGAAAUCACCAUGCGCCUGAUGCGGAGGGAAAAGGGGGCUCUGGUGGCCAUGCCUAGCUCUCAGUGGGUGAAGGUGGAGGAGCCUGUUCGCUUUGGAGAUGCGUGUCUUAGCCCGUACUCCAAGCUGUUGCUGACCUCACCGACGCAGGUUCUGAGCCUGGUAGCAGAGGAGAAGGCAGUCCUGCAGGCUCAGCUCAGCCAGGAAGGGGACGCCCAAGGCUGCUUCAUCCAGAGCGCCCUUUGUCUUUUGCAGGAGCGAGAGGAAAUUCUGCUGAAGCAGCAGAAGGCAAAUGUAGUAGACAGCCUUGACCUGUCCUCUCUCACUCUGGAAGAACCUUGUUUUCCUGAGGAGGAAGUGGUUACUCACUACAGCAUCACCAAGCCUGUGCUGCAGUACUCUUCUGCAUUUGAUGACGAGGUGGCGGAGGUCCCAGAGGACGCCGCUGCAGAGCUGCCAAGCUUGCCUGAAAGUAUUUUGGAGAGUGUGCUGGAGGAGCCUCCAGAGGCUGUGAUGGAUGCAGCCCCAGAGCCCCAGCCAAAUGAGGCGAGCCCUGCCUGCCAUGCAGACUCAGGCCGCCCUUCAACCAGCGUGGUGCACGGACCAUACUACUAUUUCUACCAAGCUGAUGACUGCCAGCAGAUGUUCCUGCAUCCUGUGAAUGUACGCUGUCUGCUGCGUGAAUACGGCAGCUUGGAGGCCAGUCCUGACUCCAUCACUGCCACGGUGGUGGAGAUCGUGGGACACACAGUCACUGAGGAGAUCCGUCGUCGGCAUCGCUAUCUGGCACAUCUGCCGCUCACAUGCGAGUUCAGCAUCUGCGAGUUAGCCCUGCAGCCGCCAAUCCUGUCCAAAGAAACUCUGGACACAUUUGCAGACGACUUGGAGAAGAGGCAGCGCCUGAGGCAGAAGAAAGCGAGGGAUGAGAAGCGCAGAGAGAAGCGAAUUGAAAUCGAGGAGAACAAGAAGCAGGGUAAAUAUCCUGAGGUCCAUAUUGGAUUGGAGAACCUUCAGCAUUUCCCAGCAUUCGGGUCUCCUCCUCACAACAGCAGCCCCCCAAUGCAGCCUGACUUCACAUUUGCCCCCCCUUCACCCCUCAGCAGCAGUCCUUCCUCUGAUGGGAUGAGAUUCCCAAGUCUGAAUGGGCAAAGCUCUUCUCCCAUUGUGGGUAGCCUGGAGGAUGACUCCCACUGUAUGUCCUUUGCACAGAUGCUAAGAGAUGGGAAAGCCAGAGGUGAUGCUGGGCCCAGGAUCACUCCAAAGAAAGAUACACUGCUAGCUCCCCCAGCAGCGGACAGCGACGGAGAGAGCGACGGGUCGGACCGCGUCCCUGUACCCAGCUUCCAGAACUCCUUCAGCCAGGCUUUUGAGAAGGCACUUCUGCAGCUGGACAGUGGCCCAGCUCCUCCUCCACAACCUGUGGUUGACCCAGAUGAGAAAGGUGGAAAGAAGAAGAAGAAAAAGCAGAAACUUCUGUUCAGCACAUCCAUGGUUCACACAAAGUAGACAACACUGAAGUUCCUUUAAUCAUAUCAUUUCUUGAGUUGAUCUUCCCAUUGCUUGUGUGUUUACUUCCAUGCAGAUCUUUCUUGGAGCUAUAAGCUAAUGAAAAAAAGGUUUUAGUGUGUAGCCAAAGUUCAUACUGCUUGUAGUCAUUGUUCUUAGGGCUCGAUCCGUUGUUUGGGCGGCACGCCAUCAGUUUAAUUUACCUUAACUUUUCGUUGCACAAUUUAGGUCAAAGCUUUGCAGCACCCUCCUGUCGCACUGCAAGCCUUAUGGGUAACAUGUUGAGAUAAGUAAAAGCAGGAUACGUAAAUCAAGGGAUAUGACAAGCUCUCGUUAGGUAUGCUUUAGGCUUUUCAUGGCUCUCAUCACAGUGGUUGCUGUACGAUGUCCAACUUUCCUGAAGUUGACCAUGAGCAUCUAGGAUCCAUGAGUAAUAUUGAUAGGAGAAUUCUGGGUGCGUUAUAUUAGAGUAGCAGUCAGCCAGCUGCAGGCACGUUGCACCUUUAAAUCUUUCCAAGAUACUCAGUGCUCAGACAUCAAUGUGGAACUUCAACUUAGAAUAGAAACAAAUGCAUUUCAGUGUUUAUCACAGGUAAUAAUUCGGGCUAUUACUUCCUCAGCCUUCAAGAGGAUACAUUUCGGGAUUGAGAUCAAUGCGCUGGUAUUUUUGUAACAACAACAUGAAUACAAAAUUCUCCAAUACCAUUGUGAGGAAGUGAAAACACAGUAUUGUAUUAAAAGAGAUUAGAUCUGUCGGUUCAACAGAACUCCAGUGUACAAGUAUAUCCUGCGUGAUUAAACCAAAAGUACGGGCUUUCUUCUCAUUCUGUUCCUCCUCUGUGUCAUCUUCUGUUGUAGAAGGUUCCCUAACUUUUAACAUUACUCCCCCAUAAAUUUCAGUGUUAAAAAUGUGUGAAGUUAGACAGUUGCUGAGAUUUAAAGAAUGUGUUUGAAACCUGAAAAAAAAAAAAGUGGAUUGGGAAUUUGUUUGGUUUGAGGGUUCUUUAAUUCACCUUUAAUUUUGAGCAAGUUUAAAGGCUAGUGAACGUAACUAGUCUGUUGAAAUGAAUAAAAAAGUAUGCACAAUCAA